UCGAGCUCUCUUCAGCUCUCAUGGAUCGCGUUGGGAUGGUUGACGCAGAGCGGCAGGCUCUCCAGGCUGGGAACGAGGAUCAUUCUCGGGAAUAACCUGAUAUAAUCUGAAGGAAUCUGGGACUAAAGGCAGAGUGGGGGGAAAAAAAAGGUAAACAUGCUUGAUGAUAAAACCUCGAGAUCGAGGGUUGGUCCUCCGUCGAGGGGUUCGUCUUUCUAUAUCGAGAAUCUGCUGGGGACUGCGUUCAGAGAGGCUGCAGCGGAGGAGCGGGUGGAGACCCCGAGACUCAGAGGGUCACACAGCCCGGUGAGGUAUCCAGGACUGGGGAAUGACCGAGUGGAGGACAGAGAAGUGCUAAUCUGGAAUGGGGCAUCCCUGAAUUCAAGAAGUGAGUGCAGCUGGCUACAAAUGUUCUCCGUCUUUGUUUGUUCACAUAGAGCGCAGGAAUCACAAAUGGCAUCUUAGGAGCAAAUAAGUUCACUCGUAUCAUCUGUAAAUUUGCGUUUAACCGUUUCACUUGCUUGAAUCUUGAUUAAACUGCGCAUUUCAGGUCAAAAUGUAACAUCCAUACAGUCGAAUACUAUGUGAAUCAUCCGUGCGUAAAAGCUUAAAAUAGCCAUCCGGACUCGGUUCAGGAAGGAGAAGCGUACGGCGUUAUUUCUCACACAAAACUCUGAAUCAGUUUAUUCACGAGAUUUCUAAAGAGGACGCGUCACACAGGCUGUUUUACCGUCCCUACCUCCGCGCGUAACCACCCAAACUCCCCAAUUAUCAGCCCUCUUCCAGCCAACAGUGUUUGGCAUCCGCACAACAAUCUCACUCUGACGCUCCAAAUACACUCUCAGCGCACAUGAAGGUUAUUUAUGAUCUUGGAAAGCGCAAAAGGCGUGAAAAAGCGCACAUUUUGGUGCAAAAAAAACCCUCACUCCCAAGUGCUGUUGCUGUAUUUUUUCCACACAAAGCCUGGUUAGUGUGUGUGUAAAUAUUUUAUUACUCGCAGGUCCACGGGAUGAGCACUCAAACCCCGUGCACACGAGCGACCGGGACUCCCCUCCUCCAGCAGGGCGUGCGGAGGAGCACGAGGAGCACGAGGAGGAGAAGGGGGAUGAGAGUCUGACGGAUGACAGGGAGGAGGAGGACGCGCGCUCCUCCUGUUUCUCGAGAGAGGACAGCUGUGAUACAGGUGAGGCUGACAUGCUUCAUCCUAACCUUUUAAAACACAUAUAUAUAGUCCACUGCGCGCUGCGGCCUGCGUCAACACGCAUGCGCUCUCCCGCUGAUAUAAAUAGCAAUGUGUUUUUUAUUUUUUUCAAGAUCUGUUAGGCUUUAUCUGGUUUAAUUUUUAAGACAGGCUCAUAUUUUCUGGCAAGUUCAGCCCCAGAGGUCAGAGUUAGUUUUAUACUUUUAUGCAGGGGUGGAAUUACGAGUUUCAGGGUCUGGGCAGAAUGUUUGGAGAGGCACCUCUUCAUACUUUUAAAACAUAUUUGGUUUGUAAAAAAAUUGUAUUUUUUUUCUAAAUAUUUUGUCAACAAACUAUUUUGGCAUUUGUGUUGGAGUAAGAACACAGGCCACAUUCAGAGUAAUUUCAUUUCUAAACCUGUGCUAUUUCCUCCCCCCAGGCGACAUCAAAGUGGCCCGAAAGAAGAAGACCCGUACCGUCUUCAGCCGGAGUCAGGUCUUCCAGCUGGAGUCCACCUUCGACCUGAAGCGCUACCUGAGCAGCUCCGAGCGAGCCGGGCUGGCGGCCACUCUGCAGCUCACAGAGACACAGGUGAAGAUCUGGUUCCAGAACCGCAGGAACAAGUGGAAGCGGCAGAUCGCGGCGGACAUGGAGGCCAGCAGCGCCAUCACCGCCGGCGACCAUUCCCUACGCCUCUCAGAGGGUGGUCAGAGUUCCCGUGUUGUAUCGCGAGAACAUCGCCUCCCCUGUGACGCCGCCCAUGGUCGGCUUUUCUAGCUCUAUCAGCUAUCCAUUGACUUCCCCCUUCACACAUCCCGUAUCGUUCAUAACGCCACAGAUGAGCGGACUGGUGGGACUUUAAAGAGACUGGGCGCACUUGAGACUCUUUUUACACCAAUCAAUCAAUCGACAAUGCUGCAAAAGUGAUCAUGUAGCUCAGUGUCAGAUCGUGUGAAGUUAGGA